GAAGGUACACUGGAUAUGGCCUGACGCCCGGGGCUCCCUAGCCUGAUCUUUGUGCAGCUCUGUAGACGGUCGGACCUCACAAACAGCCAGCGUCAAUAACUCGAUUGCUACGUCGUCUCGAUCUCGUCAAUCUACGAACACCACUCCACUCCUCGACCAACCGCCGCCAUGUCGUCCAUCAUCGCCCGACGAGCUGCUCUCCUGUCCUCCAGGAGGACCUUCUCCACCUCGGCCCGCCGCCUCAUCCAGGACUCCGAUCCCACUCUGAAGGCUGAGGAGAAGCGCAACCCCGAGGUUAUGAUCCUGGGAGGUGUUAUGCUUCUCGCUUUUGGUGGUGCAGGUAUCUACUUCGGCACAUCACCCACCAGCGCCACAUCCGAAGCUCCUGUGGCCAAGUCCGGCAUGCCCUGGGAGACCGGUGCGACAGACGGCAAAUACCGCUAUCACCCCGGCGGUGAUGGAUCCGCCGAGCCCAAGGACGCUCCCAGCGCUGUCAACGUCGUCGUCAUUCCCGACGUCAACCUCCCCAAGCGUCUUCACGACAAGUACAACAAAUGGGGCAAGGACUACUAGAUAUGUGUGCGUCGAAGAAAGCAAGUCUGCAGCCAAACGUAUCCCGUUUCCUUUGUUCUAACCUAGACGGCUCGGCGUCCGCCCUACCUGUACAUAACCACAUAUCAUCCGAAUGGCAAAUGUUGCACCUCUAAACUACGAUGUGUCCCGCACCUCUCUUUCCUAGUCGCAUGGGGCAUAGAUCAAGGCGAAAAUAGUGGUUCUAAAUAUCAAGAGAUAUCCUUCAAAACGUACAUAAUGAUACUACUUGCGCUCUGCCUAAGAGAAAGAUUGUUUUAACAAGCUAAACUACUUGAAUCAAUGUCUCUAUUGUUUGAAAUCACG